AUUCUGGAAUGAAUUAGAUGAAGUGGUAGAAAGUGAAAGUAGGAAUGAAAGAUUGGGGAUUGGGGAACACCUUUCUGAACUUUACUAUAUCUUUAUUUUAUCUACGUUGGCCGCUCCCACCACCCAUACCGUAAGUGUCCGAUUAAAUGCGCUCACCUAGAUACUGUGCGUGCAUGAAUAGCGGGGAAAAUGGCCUCCUCCUCGAAGCGUGUUGGAGCUACAGAGGAGUGCAAUAAUCUCUCGAAGAAGCGCGCGCGGUUAGAUAAUGAUGUUAAUAAUAGUAAUGGUGGUGAUGGUGAUGGUGGUGGUGAGAAACACAUCGCUGCAGUGAUUUUAGCUCGCGGAGGCAGUAAAGGAAUCCCUCUGAAGAACAUCAAGCUCCUGGCUGGAGUUCCUCUCAUCGGCUGGGUCUUACGAGCUGCUCGGGACUCCCAGGUUUUCCACAGUAUCUGGGUGUCCACAGACCAUGACGAAAUCGAGCGAGUGGCAAAAAACUGGGGGGCUAAAGUACACAGACGGAGUCCAGAAGUCUCCAAAGACACCUCAACAUCACUGGAGACACUACAGGAGUUUUCCAGAAUGAACCCAGAAGUGGAUAUCAUCUGUAACAUCCAGGCCACGUCACCGUGCCUUCACCCGGACCACCUGAUAAAGGCUGUGGAGAUGAUGACCAAGCAUGAGUCGGUCUUCUCCGUGGUCCGACGACAUCACUUCCGCUGGAAGGAGAAAAAAAAAGGAGAAGCCACUGAACCUCUGAACCUGAAUCCUUCAUGCAGACCUCGUCGUCAGGACUGGGAUGGAGAACUCUGUGAAAAUGGAUCCUUUUACUUCGCCACAAAAGAUCUUAUAAAUAAAGGACUGCUGCAGGGAGGGAAGGUCGCCUACUUUGAGAUGCCCCCAGAGAACAGUGUUGAUAUCGAUGUGGACAUCGACUGGCCUGUAGCAGAACAGAGGGUUCUCAGGUUCGGUUACUUUGGUAAAGAUAAUCUGGGGAAGUUGCGCCUGCUCCUGUGUAACGUAUCGGGCUGCCUGACUGAUGGACAGGUCUAUCUGUCUUCAACGGGAGAGGAGAUGUUUUCUUUCAACACCAAAGACCUGGCCGCCAUCCGCAUGCUGAAGAAAGAGAAGAUACAGGUGAUCCUUAUCUCAUCCAGUGAUGAUCCGGUCUCAGACGCGUUUGCAGAGAAGCUGUAUGAGAAAACAGGUUGUAAAGUGAAGCAUCUGAAAGAAGAUAAACAAGUGGAACUGGAGAGACUGCUGAAAGAGAAGAGGCUCAAGUGGAAGAAUGUGGCCUUUAUGGGUAAUGAUGUGCCAGAUGUGGACUGCCUGAACCUGGCCGGUCUCAGCGCAGUGCCCUCUGACGUCCCCAUUGUGGUUCUCAAUGCAGCUAAAUACCAGUGCCAGAGAGCAGCAGGACACGGGGCCCUCAAGGAGUUUGUUGAACACCUUCUCCUGAUGAAGAAGGGGGCCAUGUUUCAGGAGGAGAAGAACAGAAAUGAAUUAAACUAAAUGAAGGUUUUUAAAGAACGAAGCUUAAGUUUUAAGAUUUUUGUUAUAAUAGUAAUUGCUCUCAAAGGAAACGCGAAACGAAUGUAAUAAUAUGUGUGAUUCUGAUUGGUGUGGUAAUAAAGUCAAUCAGUUAGGGAAUUGUUCAGUAAGGAGUUUAAGCAAUUAAUUCCACCACCACUAGAGGGCGACACUACAUAGAGAAAUCACGACAUAGGAUUGAUUAUUUUUUGACAAUACAGUGUGUAAUUUUAAUUUCUUUUUUAGACCAUGAAAAUUGGUUAUGCUUAUUUUAAAUGGCAUUUUUCUUUUCACAAUAAUCUCUGUGCUUUCACAUGUCAUGGAUUAGUAAAUUAUUAAAUGGAAGAAAUGACUGUUUUCGACUGACAAUCGCAAUUAACGCUACAGUUCAAUAAUCAGGAUGCAGGCUGGAUGUCGUAGAAAAAUAGCGAACAAUGUCUUCAUCUAAUUUUUUGAUCAAUGUGUAAAUGCAGCGCAACAAUAAAUUGGAGUAAAUCCUU